AUGGUUGGUGCCGGUCGGGGUUGUGAGCCUGUAGGGCGUUGGACCUCAACAGCUUCCGAAUCAAACAGCUCAAGAAGUCCGCUAGCAACCUUUGGGUUCUUCAAAAAUCUUACCGGCGAAAAGAAGACGACUCGAGAUGGCCAACCUGCGAAGAGGAGAGGGCCAAAGCCAGACUCCAAGCCUGCUUUGACCAGGCGUCAGGAACUAAAUCGACAGGCUCAGCGAACGCACCGUGAACGCAAGGAGAUGUACAUCAAGCAGCUCGAGCAAGAGGUUGUUCGGUUACGCGAUGCCAUGGCCUCCAACAACCGCGAACGUGAUGCCGCCAUAGAGGAGAACCGACGCCUGAGAGCGCUACUUGCCCAGCAUGGUGUGCAUGUCGACAUGACUACUACACCUCCAGCCUUUAACAAUACGACAAGCUAUACACCAAGCACCUCUGGCAGCGCCUCUACCGGCUACGCUCCGAACUCGUCAUCCACAGGUUUCACCUCGCCUCCACGACACCCAGACACUCAUCCGGCUCACAACUUGCCCAUUCCACCGCGACACCAUCCAAACCACGGCCAGAUGAGCGAGCACGGUGGAGCAGCACUCAACUAUGAUGAGAUUGGCAUGGAUUUUGUUUUAACCCUCGAACGACCAUGCAUGGAUCACAUGCAGAUGCUUCACGUCCAUUCAGCGACUGGAGCCGACGAAGACAUCUCUGGCCACGCUCUCAUGGCCUCGUGUCCUCCUGCCGCCCACAUCCGCGACAAGCCCACGGAGCCAUAUCCGCUCCAGCUGCCCGAGGGCAUCGUUCUCUCGGACCUGCUCAAGGGGCUGCUUGACCUGAGCCAUCAGUUCCACCUCGAGGGCGAGCUCACGCCCAUGAUGGCUUGGGUCAUGAUCUUGAAGCAUGACCGGCUCAGGGACCUCAACAAGGCAGACUUUGUCCAGGUCAAGGAGGAGCUACUUGCAAAGGUCCACUGCUACGGCUUCGGCGCCGUUCUCGAGGAGUUUGAAGUUCUCGACGCACUCAGCAACGUGCUCAUCGGCAAGCCGGGCGGCUGCGACGUUGACUCUGCAUAG